GCCGCGCCUGCGCAGUGCGUCUGGGCCAGGCGGGGCCGGGGUCACCCUGAGCUGGGGACGGCGCCGCGAUGCUGAGCAGGUUCCUGGGUCCGCGCUACCGCCAGCUGGCCUCGAACUGGAUUCCCACGGUGAGCAUGUGGGGCGCCGUGGGCACCGUGGGGCUGGUGUGGGCCACUGACUGGCGGCUGAUUCUGGACUGGGUGCCCUACAUCAACGGCAAGUUUAAGAAGGACGAUUAAUUCCACUGACCCUCGGUGGAGCCCUCUGGUAAGCACUGGC